AUAGACGUGAAUUACAAAUGCUACUACGCGGAAGGUUGGCAAGUGAAUAUUAAUUGAACUCCUGCAUACUUUGCUCGGAAAACCUUCGUAUGAGGGAUGUUUGCCUCACGAACGCGAAUUAAAUCGCGCGGUAACCUUCCAAACGGCCAACGCUUGUCUUAUGAAUAUUAAUAGAGACGCCUUCUCCAUAGUAAGACGCGUACGUUUACGUUAAGGGACAGUCUGCGCCAACAGGGACAGGUGGGAUAUUUAUCAUCAUGCUGGAAAUCCAGACUUUGCGUGCUAACAGUCGGCGUGCGUCUUCUGAACCGUCUGCUCUGCUAUGAAACAAACACACGGGUCGUAUUUACUCUAAACGAUGCUGUAUCCCUCCUCGGAGGAGCAUCUCUCUGCCUUCGCCUUUGGACGUUUACCGGACCGCCGUCAUCUUUCUGUGAGAAACCCCUCAGAAAUCAGUGCAGCCAAUGGGCUUCGGCGCGUUUUGAGUAAAUAAAGGUAUCCAACCAUACUUCCGUACCAUUAAACGAUGCUGGAGAAGAGUAAAUAUAAUUUGGUUGACGACUCGGUGGAUCAGAGGAUUCCUCCUGAUAAUGAUGGGCAGUUUCAGCAUGGACUCACGUUCGAGGUGAAGUUCAUCGGGAGCCUGGAUAUCGUGCGACCCAAAAGCAGGAUUGAAAUAUUGGCUGCUAUGAGACGAAUACGGUAUGAGUUUAAAAUUAAGAACAUCAAGAAAAAGAAAGUCAACCUCAUUGUGUCAGUGGAUGGUGUCAAGGUGGUUUUGCGCAAGAAGAAAAAGAAACAUGACUAUAGCUGGGAUGAAAGUCAAGUGACACUGGCCCAGGACCCCAUUUUCAGAAUAUUUUACGUCUCUCAUGACUCACAGGACCUGAAGAUAUUCAGUUACAUAGCAAGAGACAAGAAAAGCAAUGUGUUCCGCUGCAAUGUCUUCAAAUCGAAGAGAAAGAGUCAAGCCAUGAGGAUAGUGCGGACCGUGGGUCAGGCGUUUGAGGUGUGCCAUAAACAGAGUCUAGACAACGCUGACGCAUGGCUUGUGAAAGGUGAGGAAGAGAAAAGCAAAGACGAGACUUCAGUUGCUGGCGGCGUCACUGAGAUGUCAAGCAACACUGGGCUGGAGAAAGAUGAAAAGGUGUGUGAAGAGCCGGUGAUGGAGUCGUCUCCUCUGUCCAGUCCUCUGUCCGUGAGCCAUCAGGUGCAGCUCCUGCAGAGAGAGUUACAACAGCAGGAGCAGAGGAGCCAAGCCGCCUCCGCACAGGUGGUUCUGCUGCAGCAGCAGCUGUCGGUGGAGACCAGCGCCAGGACCGAGGCUCAGGCUAGAGUCCAGCAGCUCCUGCAGCAGAACACUGAACUCCUGCAGCAUCUCUCACUGCUGGUCAAACACGUCCAAGAGCUGGAGCUCCGCGCUCGGCCACACAAAAACUCCCCCUUGGGAUCUCAAGACAGCCUUCUGGAAAUCGCCCUGCGUGCCAACAUGCCGGCUGUGUCGCGCGACCCCAAACCGAAUCCUCCCUCGAGCGCUCGCGAGGGCUUCCCUCUCUCAAACGGCCUCGCUCGGCUCGACGGCUUCUGUUUCUUCUCAGGAUCUUCAGAGCGGGAGAAGAAGCCGGAGCAGGACCGUGACUCAGGACAGGGUCAGGAUGAAGAUCAGUCGGGUGGUUGCUCUCCUCCAGGGAACCAGUUUCUCUGCACACUGGACACACCGGGAUUCAGAGAGUCCGGUAUCGCAUCCGGAUAUGAGUCUAACACUGAUGAGAGUGAUGACCGGGACAGCUGGGGCCACUGACUGUGUCUGUGUGUGAGACUGUUGCUGCUGAAACAGCUCACUUCAGCUUUUGCAUUGCAGCUUCAGCUGUCAGAAUUCAUAUACAAAUACAUACCAAAAUAUAUAAAUAUGUAUUAAAUAUAUUUAAUAGUUAUAUAAUAAUUAAAUUAUGCAGAUCCCAGCCAGUGGGUGACCAGGUUGUCCUAAUCAUCCUCAAAAAAUUGUUGUACAGGUUGAAAUUAGCAUAAAAAGCAUAAUAUUCUGCCCUCAUGUUGUCCCUCAUGUUGUCACAAACAUGCAAAUAAUUUUUUCUCCAUACAAUGAAAGUCAGUGGUUUUUAUUUAGUGUUUUUUUGGACCCUACUGACUUUCAUCACAUGGACAAUACAUAUAUUUAACUAAGACCUUUUUCAUAAUAUAUUAUUUAAAUUUUUUAAUAAAUUCAAAUAGUUUCAUUCUGCAAGGAUGCAUUAAAUUGAUCAAACAUUACAGCAAAUACAUUUAUAAUGUUAAAUAAUAAUAAUAAAAUAUAUUCCAAAUGUCUAAUUUUAUGUAUUUAUAAGAUCUCUUUUCAACUUUCUAGCAUCAGCAUAUUAGAAUGAUUUCUGAAGGAUUACCGCAGUGGACACUUUACAGGCAUACAUAAAUACAUUUAAUGCCAAUUUUAUUUUAACUGUUUACUUUUUAUUGUACACGUUUUAUAAUGUUCAUCACAAUGCUAUGCUUGUUGGAUUGUUGUUUUUGUGAGCAUUUCAUGAUUUGUUUGCCAGUAUUACUAAUGUCAGGCUUGACUAUGUUGCAGCAGUACUAAAGCGAAAGACCAGAAAUGAUAAAGAACAUGUUAAACUCAAUGUGUAAGCAUGUUUUACCUUUACUGUCAAUUUUGCAGCUGAGCAGCUUGAACUGUUACACAGUUAUACCAAUGUCAAAACACAAGUGAAAGUAUUUGUGCAAUAAUGUCAUAUGGUGUUUAUCAGCCUUCUUUCUCUAUUACUUUUUUAUUUCUGUUUCUUAGGAUGAGUGUAGCAAGUAAUACUAACACUGCAUAUUUUGUGCUAAAAUCUUGUCUAAAGGCUGCUGUGUUGUAGCAUUUGUUUUUCUUUAAAUAAAUUAGUGUUGGUGGAUCUUAGUUCAUUUUACCCUUUGUAAUAAAUGAAACUCAAUAAAUGAAAGUCAUUUAAGA